AUGUCUCAGGACACGUGUGCGAACCCUUUGCUUCUCGGAUGGGUCAAGGAAUGGUGGGAAACGGCUCGGGAGAGCAACUCCAAGGGUGUCACCACUUACAAGCAUGCCUACGACUCACUCAAGGCCUGCCCCAUCGCUUUCGAACACCCCUCGUCGCUUCAGCAGCUAAAGGGCUUCGGGCCGAAACUAUGCGAGCGGUUGACCGAGAAGCUCAGGGCGCACUGCGAGGAAAAUGGCGUGCGCAUGCCCCCUCAUCCGAGUUCCAAGAAGCGGGCCAACAGACCAACGGUAGUCCAAGAUGGCGGAGAGGACGAGUCUGCACGCCCAGCCAAGAGGGCCAAGAAGCCAAAGGCAUAUGUACCUGCCUACCGGUCUGGGGCGUAUGCGCUGGUGGUUGCCCUCUCGAAACCAGGGCAGGAGGUGGUGGGGAUGCCCAAGGCUGACCUGAUCGAGGAGGCUCAGCCGCACUGCGACUCGUCGUUCUCGGCGCCGAGUGACCCUACUAAGUUCUACACGGCCUGGAAUUCGAUGAAGACGCUGCUCCAAAAAGAGCUGGUGUAUGAGCGCGGCCGACCCCUGAAGAGAUAUGCUCUAACGGAUGAGGGAUGGGAAGUGGCUAAAAGGAUCCGGGAAACGACUGUUCCCAAGGCCAGCACUAGCAACGAAAACUCAACCGUUGCGUCUGCCGGGCCCAGUAGACAAGCCGGGCUACCAGCAACCGCUAAUGCUAGUGCUCGAUCAACAUUUGCUGAGCCCAUCGAUCUUGACGAUGACGACGAUAACGACGAUGAUGACGAGGGCCGUGUUAUCCCCCAGGAACGGAGGACUACUGAAUUUGGAGACGUAGUAGCAGACGGGACAGUCGUGCCCGACGAUGCGGAGCUGCCAUCAUUCACACCGAUCAGGCUCGCCCCUGGUACAUUUACGGUGGAGCUAAUACUGGACAACCGAGAGGUCAGGGCCAAAACGGACCGUGACUACAUUCAAGAGGAGCUCGCAAAGCGAGGCAUAAAACCAAUUGUGCGUGCCCUAGAGCUAGGCGACGCCCUGUGGGUCGCCCGAUGCAGACAGGCGGGCUGGCUACCUCGGCAGGGGGCGGAAGGCGACGAGGUGGUUCUCGAUUGGAUCGUCGAGAGGAAGAGGUUAGAUGACCUCCUCGGCUCACUCCGAGACGGCCGGUUCCACGAGCAAAAAUUCCGUCUCAAGCGGUCCGGGGUGAAGAACGUCGUGUACGUGGUGGAGGAGAUCAGCAUGGAUUCCACCCACUUCCAGAAAUACGAAGAAGCGGUCCAGUCGGCCAUGGCGUCGAUGCAAGUAGUUAACGGCUACUUUCUCAAGCAGACGCAAAAGAUGGACGACACAAUUCGCUAUCUAGCGUCCAUGACCAAGAUGCUCAAGUCGGUGUACGAGGGCAAGACACUCGAUGUGAUACCGACAAAGGUCCUCACGACGAAGAACUACCUCCCCCUGCUGAAGCAUCUCCGCGAGACGCAACCGUCGGCCAGCCAUCACAUUAGCUAUCCCGCGUUCGCGUCGUUAGCAUCCAAAUCGCAGAACAUGGCCCUGCGGGACUUGUUUCUCAAGAUGCUGAUGUGUUCCAAAGGGGUAACGGGUGAGAAGGCCAUCGAGAUUCAGAGGGUAUGGAAGACGCCGAACGACUUUGUCAGGGCGUUUGAACAGUGUGGUUCGGGUGAAGAAGGGAGGAGACGCAAGAUGGACCUGGUCGCGAACAGGCUGGUGCAUCUCGUGGGACGGAAGAAGAUGUCCAAGGCUGUGAGCCAGAAGCUAGCAGAGGUAUGGGGGGACGUGUGA